ACUUGUGAGGCUAAACGAGCACCGGCGGUGUCGUAAAGCGAUGCGCUCUUUGUUGGGUGACUUGUCUUGUAAUUGUAAACUCAUUUUAUUUCUUGAAAAGACCCAGCCGCACCCGAGUGAGGUUAGAUCCAUCUGAAUGAAAUGUUAAACGAUGCCGUUUUGCAGGGUUCGGUUGAGCAGUGGGUGGCACUGAUGUGCGUGCAAUGCAGAGAUCACGUAAAGCUCUUCUUCUUUCCAGAAGAGCUUUAACCACUGCAGUUUCGGAGCAUCAAAUUUCUCUCUCUUUGCUUUUUGUUUUGUGGGCUCUACUCUUCCUCUUCCUCUUCACCUUCAGCUUUUGGAUCUAUCCCACUCGUGCAGAUGGAUCUGACAAACAUUCAGUUCGAUCGUCGAAUUGGAAGGAAGAUAAGCACAGACAGUGUGAAACUUCUGAUUCUGCUAAUCAGUGCUUAGUCAAAGAAAUCAACGCUUACAUUCCUUUUGAGGCUUUACACUCCAAAGAUGCGGAGACUAAUGAUUUUGUUCCAAAUGGAGAAAGCAGUGACUACACCGAUUCUCCCGCUAGAGAGGAACAUGAAGUUGAGAAACUUGAAGAUGAUGUGCAAAAGCAUGAUCAUGAUCACUUACUUUGGACUGUGCCUCGUGGUCUUGAUGAAUUCAAGAGCAGGGCAAUUAGUUCUAAAAUUAAGUCUGCCACUGGUUCUUCCACAAGCGUAAUGCAUAGAGUGGAGCCUGGUGGAGCAGAAUACAAUUAUGCUUCAGCAUCUAAGGGAGCAAAAGUUUUAGGUUCUAACAAAGAAGCCAAAGGUGCCUCUAAUAUCUUAACCAGAGACAAAGACAAGUAUCUACGAAAUCCAUGUUCUGCCGAAGAAAAGUUUGUCAUUAUAGAACUCUCUGAAGAAACACUAGUGGAUACAAUAGUAAUAGCUAAUUUUGAGCACCAUUCUUCGAAUUUAAAACAUUUUGAACUUCAUGGCAGUCUCAGCUUUCCAACAGAUGUUUGGGUUUUCCUUGGGAAUUUUACUGCCUCAAAUGUGAAGCAUACUCAAAGGUUUGUUCUUCAGGAACCAAAAUGGGUGAGAUACCUAAAGUUGAAUCUUCAAAGCCACUAUGGUUCUGAAUUUUAUUGUACGCUAAGCAUAGUUGAAGUUUAUGGUGUGGAUGCUGUAGAGAGAAUGCUGGAGGAUUUGAUAUUCACUCAAGAUAAUCUAUUUGCACCUGGGGAUGGUAAUACUGAUAAAAGGAUAGUAUCGCCCCACCCUAAUCCUGCUGAGAGUGAAGAUGUUCAUCAAAAUGCUUUUGGAGGAAUCAAUUCUGACCCUGCUUCAGAUAUCUCUUCUGCAAAUCGCGAGACAGUAAAUAGCAAUGUUCCUGAUCCUGUUGAAGAAAUCCGUCAACAAGUUGGCAGGAUGCCUGGGGAUACUGUUCUCAAGAUUCUGAUGCAGAAAGUCCGUUCUCUAGACUUGAAUUUGUUUGUUUUGGAGCGAUAUAUGGAGGACUUAAAUUCUAGAUAUGUCAAUAUUUUCAAAGAGUACAGCAAAGACAUAGGAGGAAAAGAUAUACUUAUACAGAAUAUCAAAGAAGACAUUAGGAAUCUCGUUGACCGGCAUGAUGUAAUAACAAAAGAUGCCAAUGAUCUCAAUUCUUGGAAGUCCCAUAUUUCCAUGCAGUUAGAUCAUCUACUCAGGGACAAUGCUGUUUUGAGGUCCGAGGUUGAUAAAGUCCGGAGGAAACAGGCAUCUUUAGAAAACAAGGGUAUUGUAGUGUUUUUAGUGUGUUGUAUUUUUUCAUUGCUAGCUAUGGUACGGCUAUCCCUGGACUUGGCUACGAGUAUCUAUAGAGGACUUAGUGUUAAUAGAACAAUUUACUCCAGGAAAUUUUGUGCGGUUUGUUCUUCCUGGUAUCUCCUAUUAUUGAAUUGUAUCAUUAUUAUUUUCAUAUUAACUUUGUGAUAGUCCAUUUUUGAAAUAUGUCGUUAUCUUGUGCGAGAUGCUUGGUGAUUGCGUUACUUCUUUCAAUAUACAUCUAUAGACUUUUUU